UUGAAUGAAAGUCGUCGAUCAUGUCUGCAAUUGAUAAUGUCGAUAUUUUGAGGAAAAUUGGGAAAGCAAACCGAGAAGAGUUCAGUAAAGACUUUUCAGUAUGGUGCAAAACUAUCUUUGAGUCGAUGUCUAAUGAAUAUGUUUCAUCUUUGGAAGCUGAGCAAUCAAAUGUUACUUCAAGAGUGGCUCGAAAUAUAAGACCGAGAACAAAUGAUGAGAAUAGGAUGCGAAUGGAAGGUUUUCAAAGUUCUAUACAACUGGAAAAAGAUAAAACAAGAAGAGAACAAGUAUCGAGUGGUAUAAAUGCACAUUUUGACUGGAAAGAGUUUCUUUGCAAGUCUGCGUUAUUACCGGAAGAAGUUGCCACUCGUUAUGCUUUGACAUUUCCUCGUAUAUUUGGAGAUAAUCCUCAAGUGAUUCGAAGAAAGUCACUAGAGUUGAUGGGUAUACCAGAGCAAUACAUUCAAAAAAUUCUAAGAGCUGCAGUAUUACUGAAAGACAAUACAGAAAUGAAAGAAUAAUCAGCUGCUUUCAAAUUUGUGUUAUUGAGGGACAUUCUUUUUAGAAAAUAGAGUGGAAAGUAGGAGAUGGAGGAGAGAAGAAGUUCUUUGUGCUUUUAUUCUAAUUGAAGCUUACAACAGCAAAGCUUAUCUCUGUUUGUAAGCUUUUAUAUUUUCCAUGAAAACGGACGAAUAAAACUAUGUUUUUUGUG